GGGGACCGGAAGGGCCCGCGACAUUGCUUCCGGGCCUCCCUUUUGCUUUUCCCCCUUGUCUCCCUCACGCUGUUUCCCCACGCCCGCUGCCUCUCCCGUCGUGUGUUGUGUUUGUCGGCGAGGCCGAGCCCUGGAGGCGAAAUCUGGGGUCCGCGUGGAGAGACACAGCCCUUGUGGUUGGGAGCCCGGGUUGCGGAGAGGACGGACGGAGGGCCAAAGCAUGUCCUCCCUCCCUGGGUGCAUCAGUUUGGAUGCAGCACCAGCUGCAGCUGACUCUGAAGACAUUGCCGAGCUGCAGCAGGCCGUGGUUGAAGAGCUGGGCAUCUCCAUGGAGGAACUUUGUCAGUUCAUUGAUGAAGAACUGGAAAAGAUGGACUGUAUACAGCAGCGGAAGAAGCAGCUAGCGGAGUUGGAGACGUGGGUGGUUCAGAAAGAGUCUGAGGUGGCUUAUGUUGACCAGCUACUUGAUGAUGCAUCCAGCUGGUACAUGGUCAGCAGUGGGAGGCUCCGUGAAGCUAUGGCUGCCUUAAUCAGCUCAGAUGUCCAGAAGUUCAUGGAUGCUGUCAACAAGAAGAGCAGUUCCCAGGAUCUACAUAAAGGAACCUUGGGUCAGAUGUCUGGAGAACUGAGCAAAGAUGGGGACCUGAUAGUCAGCAUGCGGAUUCUGGGCAAGAAGAGGACUAAGACAUGGCACAAGGGCACCCUUAUUGCCAUCCAGACUGUUGGUCUAGGAAAGAAGUACAAAGUGAAAUUUGACAACAAAGGAAAGAGUCUGCUGUCUGGCAACCAUAUUGCCUAUGAUUACCACCCUCCUGCUGACAAGCUGUUUGUGGGCAGUCGAGUGGUGGCCAAAUACAAAGAUGGAAAUCAGGUCUGGCUGUACGCUGGCAUUGUAGCUGAGACCCCCAACGUCAAGAACAAGCUCAGGGUAUGUCUACAUAGUCCUGGCUGUCCUGGAACUCACUAUGUUGACCAGGCUGGCUUUGAACUCACAGAGAUCCACCUACCUGUCUUGAGUGCUGGGGUUAAAAGCAUUCACCACUAUGCUCUGCUUCGAUUGUAGGUUUUUGAAUGUAAAGUUGUAGAAUUUGUCUCAUGGUGUUGUGAGUAUACAGUGUCUGUACUUAAUUGCCCAGUUCUUAUAAAUCUGUGCAGCUGUCACCUUACCAUUUGUAAAAACUUGUCACUUUAUCCUUAUUGACGUAGUAGGACAAGUUUCAUUUUGUAGUCCAGGCUGGACUCUGUCUUCUGAGUGCUGUUAUACAUGUCUUAAUAAAAAUAUCUUCAUUCAUUGCCUCCA